AAUGUGCAUUUUCAUUCACUGGAAAAGCGCCAGCAGGACAGUAUUUCAUCUACCUGAUGGUGGAGGACUUCAUACCGAAGCCCAAAACAAGCGUCCCCACGGCCGACGAGCCCCUCAGCUCUGUCCCUGUGCACCUGUCGCUCACCGUGGAGGAGUCGACUUCCAUCUGCAGCGCUGAGCCCGUGGCAGCAGACGAGACCCCCACAGAGGACUCCUCGAUGUCCAUCCUGCCGUACCAGCAGAAGCAAUUCAGCGUCGACUUUACUUCAGCGCAGGAGCGCGUUUUAGAGAUCGCAGUGGUCGGCCCUCCUGAACUCCACAGAGUUGGUUUCAAAUCAGUCGGCUCCCUGUCGACCAUGACCAUGGCCUUUGUCCGCUCCGAAAACAAACUGGCACGCCUUUUACCCAUCUGCUUUGCAGCAAAUACAAAGAGUUUGCAGUCGGAGCCCAGAUGCGUGUGGCUGUAUCAAAGAGAGAUGAUGGCGCUCCCUGCUGGAACAGAGCUGAGGUGUGAGAAGACAGAGAUGACUCUGGUGCUCCCGAUCACCUCGCUGAGCGACAUCGACCUGGCCGAGCUGCAGCUCAACAGCCCCAGCUGUCCCGUCACCUUCAACAGCACACACCUGACGGCACGCAUCUCCCUGAGCGACUGCGGCACCAAGAUUGUGCACGCUGGUUCAGAGCUGGUUUACACCAACACCUUGAAAACGGUGCGUGAGUACACUAUGGUGAGCCGACGGCCCACGCUGACCCUCCCUCUGGCCUGCCGGAUCCCCGGAGUCCAGGUGGGAAAACCGAACUUUGAGAUUGCCAUGCCCAAAGAGAAGGAGGUCUUCGGUGAGAUCGCUAUAUGGAUAGAAUUACACUUACCUGGAGAAGGGCCGCUGGCCAAAUUUACACGCAGCCCUAAGUUACGCUCCCUCAGCGUGCUGCCACGACGAGUGCGUCGAGAAGCAGAAUCACCAACAGAGAGCUCUGAUAACAGCACCUCCUUUGAUAACAGCACCUCCACCAGCACCUCCUCUGAUAACAGCACCUCCUCUGAUAACA